GCUUUAGUUUUACUAAAGAAAUCUGAUCGAAAUGCAUUUAUCAAAUAUGGCAAUUAUUUAUGUCUUUUAUUUGAUUUUGUUGCUCACGGAAAUCCAAACGGAUAAUGAAAUGAGAAUGACAGCAACUCAAAAAGAUCAAAUAUGUGAAAGUCUCAAGAAUAAUAAUAGGACACAAUUCCACAUACUAGCGAUUGGAACAACAUCGAAGCGAUUAUUAUUGAUAACAAAGAAAUUUAAUGUGUAUGAUGUUUCAAUUAAUUCUCUGGAUCACGCACAUGAUGAAUUAUAUCUACCAACAAAGCCUAUAACAUUGAUUGAGAAAUAUCCGAUUCUUUAUGAAAAUCAAAUGUUUACUCAAAUGCGAAAAAUGGCUAAAAUUUCGAAUGCACUGAUAAUAAACGACGGAAAAAGUGAUCAUCUUCACAGUGAUUCAAUAUGUAUUCCUUGCAUUACUGAUCCCAAUAUUUUUGUUAUCCUUGUAUGCAACGUAUACAAUAGUCACAGGAAUGAUCCUAGGACAAAGCAGCAAAAAAAACAAAAAAACAAAAAAGAAAUCAAUCAACAUUCGGUCAGUGAUCCAUCCUCAUCACGUAUAUUCGACCACAAAAAAAUCAAAUAAAUCGGAUCAAUCAUCAACAAUUGUUUAAUUGGCUACAAUAAAAUCAACAAAAGAACAAA